CAUGUAACAACAGUAAAGGUUCGGGAGGAGCAAGGUCAGAUAAUCAGUCUGGCCCAGGUGGAGCUCGUCACCUAAUCACCUUAACAAGCACAUCAGGACACUCUUUCAGCUGUUAUGAGUGUUCAGGUGUGUUGGGAUCUUGUGCAGGUCAAACGGUAGAAACAUGUCCCAGUGGAUUUUCCAAGUGCUUGAGUGUAACAACAAGACUAAUUGAGGGCGUCAGUCUUAAAACAAAGGCUAAAGGCUGUGUUGCUGACUGUGCAAGUGGAUCCAUGAGCCAGAGCUUGUCACAACUUUCUUCAGUGUGCUGUGACACAGAUCAGUGUAACGCCCAAGAUGCUCCAGAUGCCUCUAAUGUCCCCAAUGGAAAGACAUGUUACUCUUGUGAUGGGAAGAGCUGCUCAAACAUAGUGAGCUGUUCAGGGAGUGAAGACCGCUGCUUUAAAGCAAAAGUGAGUUACAAAGAGCUGACAGCAGAUAUUAAAGGGUGUGUCUCUACAUCUAUUUGCAAUGGCCAAAACUUGAUUCCUUCUGUUAGUGAAGUCUUAUGUUGCGAGGGGAACCUGUGUAACAGUGCUAAGAGCGUCACUCAGAGCUUCCUGUUCCUCUGCGGUUCUCUGCUCUCCUUCAUCCUGCUGCACUGAACCCAGCAGCUCUUCACAGUCUACCAUCAGACACACUGUACUGUAUAUAGAACUUGUAUUCUCUCUGUACAAUUCAUCUUUUGUGUCCUGUCAUGAAUUUUUUUGCUGUGAGUUUCUGACAUUUUAAAAUAAAAUACUACAAAACCUUGUUUCAUCGGUUAUAUUUAAUAUGGCUUGUCAUGCUGUGAAAAAGUCAGAAAUCUAUAUUACAGAAAUUAAAAUGUUUUAUAUGAUCAUUAUGUUCAGAAGAAACAUGUAUGACAAUUAUUUAAUUCUGAAAAAAGUCUCUUUUUUUUAUUAGUUUUAACAUUAUUUGGAUUCCCACUAUUAGGAAUCCUGUCCAAAUUAUAGGCCAUUUAGAUAUGUUGAGAAGUGUCACGAAUCCGGUCCAUGGUCUUCCGUCUGAUUGCCACCAGAGGUCACCCUUUCAUCAUAUUGACUCUCACACCACACAGUCUGUUUCACAUUACCUUGGACUACAUUUCCCAUCUGCCAUCUCACUAAUCACAUGCUCACCUGAUCAUAGGCACACUGAUGAAUGCAUUGAUUACACAGCUGAUUCCCAUCAGACACCUUACAUAAGCCAUGGACUUCCUCUUUCUCUUUGCUGAGUAUUGUAAGCAUAUAUUGCUAUCCUAGAUGUUAGUUACUUUAUGGAGCCUGGCUUAGUUUUUGUAGUCUUGCCUGUUUCUUGUGUUUGCUGCUGCCUGGCAGCAUUUAUUUAAAAUAGAAGUCUUUUGUAAACCAAUACCAUUCAAAAGUUUGCAAAAGAUUUUUUUUUUUUUUU